AUGGCGGUUGUAGAAUUCCUGCUUCGGGUUGGAUUCGAAGUCAAUUUUCGAGACUACGCCCGGAAGACAGCUCUUUUUUUUGCCAUUGAAAACGGCCACCUGGAUGUGGCGGACUUCCUCAUCGAACAUGCUGCAUCUAUCAUGGUGCGGUCCAAGGAGCAGAAGACGCCGCAGUCCAUGUUGAAAGCGCUGAAACACAAAGCACCCGAGAGGAAACGAAAGCGAGCGUCGCCGACGCCGAGUUUCGUUUGCCCUGGUGCUGCAACUCGCAGCCGUUUCGCUGAAUGGGAAUGGUCCCAAGAGGAGUCGGAGCCGGUCAUUGAACGAAGCGAGGACAACGUGGUGCUAGAGAGCCAGCAGUAUUUUGUGUGCUGGAAUGCGAGAGGCUGUUCGAAGCGCCUGCGCUGUUCGGAACUAGAAUUUGCAGGUGACCAUGCGCAUCUGCACCAGGAUGCGACGUGGUACCGAGAUCUCACCACACAGCAAGCGGAGGCUCUCGUGAACGUUCACGCGGAUGACGAAGCAGUCCGUCUUAAGGUCAUUGAAGAGAUGGCGACCGGAGUUCGCCCGUCUGCCUUCACACUACCAGCAGUCUCACAGCAGACCCACACAGUGGCAGGAUAUAUCCACGCAUCUUUCGCAGACCAGACAAUGACGAUUACACACUGCAAGGUCGACCGCCCCCAUCAAGGUCGGGGCUUGGGCGGUCUGCUGAUCGAAGCGGCCGAGAAGCGAGCUCAAAAGCUGGGAGCCGCCAUUUCGAAAGUGAAGCUCACAGUGUUGGAGACCAACGAGCCGGCUAGAAAGUGCUAUGCUAAGUCGGGUUUCCAGGUUUGCGGCAAAUCUUCAUCCAUCUUUCCGCCGUGCAACUGUCCCGAGGACAGUUGCCAGUGUGAUAAUAAGAUCAAGUGGCUGACGAUGGAGAAGCGCAUCGCCUGA